AUGGCUCCACUGCUAGCUACUGAUGGCCAUGAUGAAUGCCCCACAUGCCUCGGUGUUGUACACCUGAGGGAGGGGCUGUCCGACAGUCAGUGCAUGAAUUGUAGUUUUAUGCCACGGGAGCUGAAGAUAGCUCGAUUAGCUGAGCUAGAAGAGCAGCUCGAGUUCCAGUUGCCCCUAUCGGGUGUACCUUCAAAUGCACGGAGUGGGCGGAGACGCGCCCCACCUAAGGGUACAAAAAAGGCACGGAAAGUGGACUGUUUGGCAACUAAGGUCGACACGCUAACAUCAGAGUUUGCUGAGAUUAAAGCGCUGCUCCUUAACCUUCAGCCAGGCAGGGUGAACGCAACCCAGAAUGACAGCCCGCAGGCUAUGACACCUACCCCACUGGGAUGGGAUGAGGAUGCCCUGUCUACGAGGGCUUCCUGUAGCCAGUUCUGUGAGGACCGGCCUGGACAGGGAGAGCUAGUAGCCUCCUCCCACGUUUCUGACACCUGUUCCCAGCAGUCAGGAAGUGGGUCCAGGGCAGGCUCAGAGUCUGCUCCAGUGACAGUUAAGCCAGUGGUCCGUAUGGCUCUGGCACGCUUAGGCUUGGAUGAAGCCCCGACUGCGGGCACCUCAUCCAGUGCAUUUUUUAGGUGGGCCCCGCCCCUGGCGGGUUUCUCUGUUCCACCCUCCCAGCCAUACAUUGAGGAGCUCCACAAAUGCUGGCCAGACCCGAAAUCGCUUUCCCACCACACCACUGACGGCAGGGCCUUAGCUUCAAUGCAGAACGCUGACACUUACGGACUGGGUAAGAUGCCAGCAGUCUUGAGGCCUGAUGCUCGCUGUCCCAGGCCCCAGUGUCGCAUCACAGACGACUUUCUAGUCAAGGCUUAUGAAACAGCGGCACGCAUGGGCCGUCUUGGAAACUCUCUUUCCCACCUGAUACUAUCCUUGUCCCAGUCCCUGCAAGCUGCUGGCGUGGAUGCUUCCGUCCAGAGCCUCAGUGAUGCAUCCCUGCAGGCGUAUGGCUGGCCCAAUCUCCGCUUUCGGAGCCGGGCCGGAGAGCCCUCCGCACUCUCCCCGUGGUUCCGGGGGAGCUGUUUGGCCCAGCAGCGCAGCAGGCCUUGGAGCGGGGAAUCCAGGCGAACCAGACUCGGCAGCAGUUUGCUAGCUUCCGGGAACCUACGCCUUUAUUGCGACAGCGGCCCCCACAGGGUGGUGGUACCAGUCGCCCUCGGCUUCCAGCUCGUCCUGAUACGUACCCGAGGACCUCGCAGGCUCCGGCACGGCCGGUGCCUCAAGCGAGAAGGGGUCGGGGGUCAGGGUAUCGCCCCCCCAGGUACCCAAAGGGCCAGAGGGGAAGAUCCUGAUGCCCCGGGGCCGGCAGUCGGACGCUUCUCCCAGCAGCAACUCAGCUGCUGGGAAAGCAGCACUUCAGACCCUUGGGUGGUGGCUACGCUUUCCCAAGGGUACAAUCUCCAAUUCCGACGCCGGCCCCCAGUUUUCAGUGGGAUCAGACUGACCACGGUCAGAGAUCCCACAAAGUCCCAGGCACUCAGACAAGAAAUAUCCACCCUCCUGGGGAAGGGUGCCAUCGAAGAGCUGGGGCAAGAGACACAGCAAGGUGGGUUUUACUCAGUUUAUUUUCUGAUUCCAAAGAGAGAGGGUGGGUUUCGCCCUAUACUGGACUUACGAGGGCUGAACACAUUUCUGAAGGUGUUGCCCUUCCACAUGCUGAGUACAGCAGAUGUGCUCCAAAACGUGACACGGCACAGUUGGUUCACAUCCAUCGAUUUGAAGGACGCAUACUUUCACGUCCCAAUAGCACUACCUCACAGGCAGUACCUGCGCUUCGCAUUCGAAGGCAAGGCCUUCCAAUUCAAGGUGCUCCCAUUUGGUCUUUCCCUUGCCCCACGGGUCUUCACAAGGUGCAUGAGGGCGGCACUCGCCCCGAUGCAGGCCAGGGGUAUGCUUAUCCUCCCAUACCUGGACGAUUGGCUAAUUUGUGCUCUGACCAGGGAACAGGCAGAGCGGGACACUGCGUCCCUUCUGCAUCACGUGACGAGGUUGGGCCUUACCGUCAACCAUGCCAAGAGUUGUCUCAUACCCAGCCAAAGGGUAGUGUUCAUUGGUUUAACUCUGGACUCCCGCCAUAUGCUGGCCUUCCCAACACCAAGACGAGUAAACGCCAUACUCCAGCUCCUCCUCCGGUUCCGGAAGAACAGGAGGUUGAGGUACAGCCUGUUUCUCAGGCUGUUAGGUAUGUUGACGUCAGUAACAUCAGUAGUGCCACUGGGCCUCCUGUACUUACGGCCAUUCCAAAUUUGGAUCAAUUGUCUCCAAUUAGAUCCAAAGUCCCACAGAUCCAAGAGAGUCAGGGUGUCCAGCCGAUGCCUCCUUGCAUUGCGGCCAUGGAGAGCCGGGGCAUAUCUGGCCAGGGGCAUCUCAUUGGGUUCGAUUCCCUCACGUCGCGAGGUGGUGGUGACCGAUGCUUCGCCCUCCGGCUGGGGGGCAGUAUGGCAGCACAGAGCGAUAAGGGGGCUCUGGACAGCACAGGAAGCGGCGGAGCACAUAAAUGUGCUCGAGCUCCGUGCUAUAUAUUUGGCACUUUGCAAAUUCCUACCACAUUUGAGAGGCAGGCAUGUUGUUGUACGGUCCGACAACAAGUCAGCUGUCUACCAUGUAAACCGGCAAGGGGGCACCAGAUCAACCUGGUUGCUACAGGUGGCACGGAGACUUCUGGUAUGGGCUUUCCCUUGUUUUUCCAGCCUCAGGGCCAUGUAUCUGCCAGGGCCACAGAAUGUGGUGGCAGACUUUCUCUCCCGCCAGAAACCCCCCGCGGGCGAGUGGAGGCUCCACCCAGAGGUGGUAGAGGAGAUAUGGCGCAAAUAUGGCACAGCAGAGGUGGACCUGUUUGCCUCAGAAGCCUCAACGCACUGCCCUCUUUGGUUCUCCCUGACGGAGACAGCAAGCCCGUUGGGACAGGAUGCCCUGGCACACCCAUGGCCAGAUUGCCUCCUCUAUGCCUUCCCACCAUUCCCACUGAUAGCAGUAACGCUACACAGAAUACAGCACGGCAACAACAGACUCCUGUUGGUCGCCCCAAACUGGCCGGGGAGACCCUGGUUUCCGGGGAUGCACAGGCUUCUGGACGGAGUUCCAUGGUGCCUGCCCAAGAGGCAAGACUUGCUCUCACAGCUGGGGGGCCGCAUCUGGCAUCCGAACCCAGAUCGCCUACAGCUUUGGGUAUGGCCCCUGAGGAGCCGGACCCACUCCUAAGGGUAUGUGAC